UCGUAACCACGCCCCUUCAAAAACACCAAAACCAAUAUGGCGGACGGCUCUGGAUGUUCCUGCCGUUUUGGCUCUGCCAGGCCGCGAUAUUGGCCACAGUUGAUGUUUGUUUGUGUGUAAAAGGUUAUGAGCUGCACCGCUGCGGGUCACAGAACCCACUCCGGUCGAACCGGGCCGGGUAAUCCUUGAUCUUCUGAAAACCCGCAGCUCACGUUGGUUCCUCCAGAAAAAUUCUCAUCAACCAAUCAAAGGCAGAGCUGUUUGAUGGGGACGUAACGUCAGACCCAGAGAGCCAAUCCACGGCUCUGAUACAAACUACGAGGAGGAAGGCCCGCCCCCUGCGUGUCGAACUACAGAGCGCGUGAAGAAGAAAGAGUAGAACCGUCCGAAUCGGUUCGGUCCGACUGCUGAAGCGACGCUCCAGCAACAGCAACAUGGACACUGAGCUGUUCAUGGAGUGUGAGGAGGAGGAGCUAGAACCGUGGCAACAAGUGGACGACAGCGUAGAGGAAGAUGACAUGGAGUACACGGACAACUACGGAGAGCCAGUGGAGGAUUCUUCACCCUGUGAGACUCCGCCCCCCAGGUCUCCCCUGCCCAGCACACCUGUCCCAGCAGGUGCACCGCCUUUCGUCUCCUUGGCCCCUCCUCCACCUCUCUCCGUCUCCAUCUCCAAGCCCGCCGCCUCGGCCCCGCCCUUCAGAGCUCAGGCUCCGCCCCUCAUCCUGACGCAGACCGCCGGUGGAACGUUCCUCCUGCCGGCCGGGCCCGGCGCCGGCGCCACCCAGCCCAUCCUCCUCACCACGCAGGGCUUCCAGGUUCCCACGGUGAUGACUCCCGGCACGCCGCUGGUUCUCAACCUGCAGUCCAACCUGCAGACAGUCCAGCUGAUCCAGUCGCCAACUCUGGGCCAGCUGGUCCGACCCACUGUGGCCGUGUCUACCGUGCUGUCUCAGAACCAGACCGGACCCGGUCCGGCCCACCCGGGAUCCGGUUUCACUACUUUGACCAUCAGAACCGGCGCUCCGGGAUCUGUCAACCUGCAGGUGGCGCCUGUGGGCGGCGCCGGCUCCCUGAAGCUGGCCGGUACUCCGGGCCUCCGGCCCACUUCCACCAACGGAGUCAUGAAGGCCACGCCCCUCAGUGCCCCCACAGCUCCAGGCCCCACCCAGCGUGUGGUUACCACGGCGACCGCGGCUGUGCCCCCCCGGGUGGUGAUGAGUGUGGAGGAGUUUUACUACGGCAGGUUCAGCGGAGACGUCAGCCUGAGGAGGCCGCCGCCGCCUGGAGCCGCCAUCUUCUCUUUCACCUGCAACAUCUGCUGCUUCAGGGCAGAGAACAACCUCAGGUUGAUGCAGCACGUCCUUCACCACUCGGAGCUGGUAGUGGAGAGUAAAGAGCGUCAGUGCUGUCGGUUCUGCUACCGCCAGUUCUCGUCCCAGAGCCAGCUGAGGGACCACCAGGACCAGGUCCAUGGCUCCGCCCAGUCCACCUGUCUGUGUCGGAUCUGUGAGUGGGCCUUCGACAGCGAGCCGGCUUUCCUCAACCACAUGAAGUCCAACCACAAGCCGGGCGAGAUGCCCUACGUCUGCCAGGUGUGCUCGUUUCGCUCGUCCUUCUACUCGGACGUCGUGCAGCACUUCGCCACUUUCCACAGAGAGACGCCAUUCCUGCUCUGCGUCUUCUGCCUGAAGGUGAUGAAGAACCCUGGCAACUACCAGCAGCACCUGUUCAGGCACAAGCUGAGCCAGGCCUUCCACUGCAACAGAUGUCGCCUUCAGUUCACUUUCCUCAAAGACAAGAUGCAGCACAAGGUGGAGAACCACCGCAGCUUCCGCCGGCCGCCGCAGCUGGAGGGGCUGCCACCGGGGUCAAAGGUAACGAUCCGGACCUACGGGAAGGUCAGGCCUCCGAUGGCGUCAAACUGCAUUUUUCAGCCCAACAGAAUCAAAACUGAGCCGAUGUUCCCGAUCCAGAAGAACCCCCCGCUGUUCAAAGUUCCCAAGUCUCCGACCCGGAGGGGGCCGGGCUGCCGGGAGCCCGGCAGGUUCUGGUCGGCAGACCGCUUGGUGUGUCUGGAGUGCGGAACCGAUGCAUCGGAUCUGACGGCUCAUUACCCGACCUACGUCCACUGCCUGCUGUGUCCCUACAGCAGCUGCUGCUCCCGGGCCUACGCCGCCCACAUGAUCCACCACCAUGUCCGUGGCUCCAGAGAUAAGGUGCUUCCUCUGCAGAAGGCUCCGCCCCCUUGCGCCUUCCUGCUGCGCUGCUCUGAAUGCGACUUCCUGCCUCAGACGGCAGAUCAGAUGGCCGAACACCUGCUGAGCAACCCGGAGCACGACGGCGCCACCUGCUGCUCCCGCGAGUACGUUGAGCCUGACAUCCUGCUGUGCCUCAGCGCAGAGCAGCAGUCUUCACAGGAACUGGACCAGAACCAGGACUCAGCAGAACCGGCCUGGAAGCUGGCAGAGAGCUGGAAACGUCCAGACGAGAGUCCCCGGACCUCGGUCCUGUCCUUCACCCAGCCCAGCGGGCCCAACCACUUCCUGUCUAAGAACAGCGACGCCAUGGAAUUCUUCAGCCUGCUCUUCCCGCCGGCGCUCGUCGAGCUCAUCGCCAAGGAGACCAACGCCCACGCCAAGGCGUGCCGCCUGCUGGGCCGCUGCCCGCCCGACUGGGUCCCCGUCACCGGCCCGGAGGUCAAAGGUUUCCUGGGCCUGGUGAUCCUGAUGGGCGUCCACAACCUGCCGGACCCGACGCACUACUGGUCCUUCAACCACUUUGACAACAGCUACACCUUCCACCGCGCCAUGCCGCUGCGCCGCUACCAGCAGCUCGCCGCCCACCUCCGCAUGGGCAGCUUCGUGGGCGAGCUCCACGGGCCGGGCCGCUCCGCUGACCCGCUGCACGCCUUCCGGCCCAUGCUGGACCUCCUGGGCGGCGCCAUGUGGGACGCCUACCGGCCCAACUGCUGCCUGGCUGUGGACCGGGCGCUGCUGCCCAGCCUGGACGGCGAGGAGCGUGGCGAGCAGCGCGGCGCACACAGCGGUGGCGGCGCCCAGCCUCAGGUCUGGCUGCUCUGCGACUCCAAGUCCGGCUACUGCCACCGCCUGUCCAUCCAGCUGGGGGAGCGGCUCGGCCCGGACCUGGGCUUCAGCGUGGUUCCAGAGCUGGUCAGAGACCUGGACGACAAGCACCACCAGCUGUUCCUGGCCAACUCGCUGGCCUCCGUCCCGCUCAUGCAGACGCUGCUGCAGCAGAACAUCUACGCCUGCAGCUCCUUCCCGCCUCCCAGCCCCGUCCUGCCCCGCCCGCUGUGGGACGACGGCGAGCUGCGCAACCCGGGAGACUUCCUGCAGAGGCAGUGCGGCCCCCUGCUGGCCACCCGCUGGCGCGACACCAAGGAGACGGGCUGCCUGUCCACCAAUGCGGUGCCGGGCCAGCCGGACGCUGUCUGGAGGAGCAAGGCAGGCGGGCUGGUGACCAUCGAGCGGCCCAUGGCCUUCCGCCUGCUGCAGGAGAACAUGCGGGGCGUGGACAUCUGCAAGCAGCUGCUGGCCUGCAACCAGCUGGGAGGCGUGCCGCAGGACCGCCACUGGCGCAACCUGUUCUGGUUCCUGGUCAACCUGAGCGUGGUCAACGCCUUCAUCGUAAUGCGGGAGAGCCGCAAGGACAACCCGCCCACCUGGGUGCAGGAUGGCCUGUUCAGCCAGCUGGCCUUCCGCCGCCGGCUGGGCAACCAGCUGGCCCGCUGCGCCCAGAGGCACGGCGAGGCGCCAGAGUCGCCGGGCCCCCAUGGGGCCCGCGCCACCGCCGAGGAGCCCGUCCGGCAGCGCCACAAGAUGACGAAGAUCAGCAGCGUCUCCAAGCGCUGCAGGAACUGCAACAUGAAGAACCUGCGGCAUGAGAGCGUGUACGGCUGCACCGUCUGCGACGCCAACCUGUGCAAGCGGCCCGGUUGCUUCUGGGAGUUCCACGGCCUGCCGCCGCUUCACCGUGGGUCGACCAAGCUGGGCUUCCUGAAGGACAGACUCAGCGGAGAGAUCGUCAUGGAUGAGGUCAGCGUGGACGAGACGUUCGGCCCGGUGGAGGACCUGGACUUUUCCGACGACGAGCCGCUGGACGAGCCAGAAGACGAGGAGGAGAUGAACCUGACCGGAGCCAGUCCAGAGUCCGGUCCAGAGCCUGGUCCGCCUUCAGAGAGCGGCGGCCGUGCCGCGGCACAGCCCGCCAUGGUGCGCCGCGGCACGCUGUCGGUGCGGCAGCUCCGCAUCAUCCUGUUUGCACUGUGUGAAGGUCUGCGGCAGGCGUCCCGCGUCUUCUCCACCGACCCACAGCUGAUCCGCCGCUGGCUGCGGGAGGCGCGGGCGCGGUCGGCGCAGGAGGAGGAGCGGCAUGCAGACGGCGCGGCGCGCAUGGUGGCCUGGGUGCUGUCCAUGCGGGAGCAGCAGCUGCCGCUCACCGAGAGCAACCUGUUCAACAAGGCGUCCAUCCUGAAGAAGAAGAAGGCAUUCGGCGACACCUUCCGCAUCUCCUACGACUGGGCCGUCGGCUUCCUGCUGCGCCACCGGCUGGGCGUCUGCAGGGCGGGUCGGGCUGUGGGCCUGGGCCGUGCCGCACCGCCGCCGCUGCGGGCCCGGGUCGGCGCCUUCAGGGAGUUCACUCGGCGGGCGGUGCGGUCCCACCGGCUGGCGCGGCGCGCCGUGGCCGCCAUGGACGAGCUCUGCCUCUUUGUGGAUUUCCGGCUGGUCCAGGACCGGUCCAGGCGCCGUGAGGCGCUGGAGCUGACCGGGUCCUCGCCGCUGCUCACCGUCUACCUGGCAGUUCUGGCUGACGGCGCCGUGCUGCCGGCGCUGGUUCUCCUCAGCCGGCCGGUCCCGCAGGCGGCGCCGCCCGACCUCGCCCUGCUGGAGGUCCGGACGGACGGCCUGAGCGCCGAAGACGCCCUGGAUCUCUGGACCACCAAGGUCUGGCUGCCGCACCUGUCCGGCCCGGCCCAUUCCGGGAAGUCCCUGCUGGUUCUGGACCGGCACCGGGAGCACCUGGCUGACCCGUUCCUGGCGGCGCUGAGCGCGGCCCGCAGCCUGCCGGCCGUCAUCCCCGCAGGAUGCUCCUUCUGCCUGCAGCCACUGGAUGUCUGCCUGAAGCCGGCGCUGCAGCGCUUCCUGCUGGCCCGCUGGGCCCGGUUCGCCGCCGAACCGGAACCGGAGCUGGACGACCCGACCCACAUGCCGCAGGACAACGUGACCCGAAUGCUGGUGGACUGGCUGCUGGACGCCAUGACGCACCUGCGCCGCCUGCCGCACACCUGGAGGACAUCCUUCCAGCUAACCGGACUCCUGCUGGACCAGACCGGGCCGGAACCACGGGACCAGCAGGCAGAACUCAUCAGAACCCUGACAUGCAUCCUGCUGGGUCCAGACACAGCAGAAACAGAACCGGCUGAACUUCAGGAGGACGAAGAGCAGGACGGGGACGGACAGGAGACAUCCGAGGAGAAACCGCUGUCCAAAGAGGACGAGACGGAGGACAGGAAGGAGACGGAGGACAGGAAGGGGGCGGAGGACAGGAAGGAGGCGGAGGACAGGAAGGAGGCGGAGGACAGGAAGGAGACGGAGGACAGGAAGGGGGCGGAGGACAUGAAGGAGACGGGCACAGAGGACAGCUUGGCAGUGGAGACUCUAGAGGACAGCGAGGAAGAGGAGGGACAGCAGAGACAGGAGGAGACGAGGGAGGCGAGCAGAGAGAGACGGGAGACGCGGAUCGAGAUCGGGGAGGAAGUUGGAGACGAGUGGAAGAUCCGGAGCGACGGCACCAGAACCGAGGAAGACAGCUGAGGUUCUGACCCGAUUCUGACUUAGAACGCCCGUGCUCCCACAGUGGCUGACAGAUGAACUGCUUCCGCCUGCUGGUCAGUUAGACCGGAACCAGAACCGGGCUCUGUCCGGAUCCGACGGGCAAAACGUUUUUAAUGGACCUUUAUUUAAAAAUCACUGAGGUUCAACAUCAGCCAAUCAGAGACAAAGGGGCGGGGCUUCAGCGUCCACCAGAUGGUCCAGGUGUCACACCUGAGGUCCUAAUGAACAGAACACCAUGAAAGUUUACAGUCUGAGCUGCUCAGAUCAAAAUGGGUCAUCAGAACCACCAGAACCUUCAGAACCAGGUUUAGAUGAACAAACAGAAGUGAGUGGCGCCGUGGCGACAGACGAUUCUCCACCCAGCUGCAGCUACUUCCUGGUAGCAGGAGGCUACUUCCAAUCUGAAGCUGCUGAUCUGAUCAAUGAUAGGCUGGAAGGAGAGUACUAGCUAGCAUUAGCUUUGGGUAAGCUAGCAACUAGCAUGCCUAAGCUGGUCCCCUACUUCAUCUGCUGUCCAUUAGCAUUUGCUAUGCCAGCAUUAGCUUUUAAAAGGCUAGCACUAGCAUUGAGUAUUCUAGCAAGUUGCUUGUGUCUUAUUACCAUAAAAUGUCAAAACACGACGUCAUUGUUAGCAACGUUUAAUUGAUGUCGCUUACAAAAAAUGCAUGAGAAAUGUUUUUUUUUUUUUUUUUACUUUAUGUUUAUUGAUUGUGUUUCAUUUAUUAAUCACAUACAGAACACAGAAUGGAAACAACUGUCGACAAGAAGCAUUUCUUACAUUCUGACAAAGAUGAACAGAUGCAGGAUGAAAACAUCCCAGUCUUUGGGUUUUUUGAGCAGCAAUUAAAGUGACAGUAUAAGUGACCUGAUUCAGUUAUUGUUUUCUAGAAAUCUAGUCCAUUUGCUCCAUCUCUUUUUGUAAAGGUCCGAUUGUAGUCUCAGCAUGAACGUUAACUUUUCCAUUUUGUGGGUUUCGUCCACCAGUUCCAGCCAGUUCUUUAGCCUUGGUGGGUCGGGUUGAAGCCAUUUCCAAGUGAUCGAUUUUUUGGCUGUAGCACUGAAGAUUUUUAAUAAGUAUUUGUCACUCAUGUUCCAACUCUCAGGAACGGCUCCGAGCAACAAUAACAUGGUAGGUUGUUGGAGUCUGAGAUCCAAAAUUAUUUCAAUUUUCUCCAAAACUUUUUUCCAAUAAGACUUGAUCUUUAUGCAGUGAUUUGGCUCCGCGUCCCCACAUCCUCUCCAGCAUUUAGAAGCAUUCGGGUUUCUAUAAGACUGAUGCUUUGGUGUUCUAAAAAAACGUAACAAGUUUUUCCAACUAAACUCAUGCCAAUAGUUUGAGGAGGAGGCUGAAGCAGCAGAUUCACACAUAUUGUCCAAUUGUUCUUGUGAUAUUUCAGCAUUCAUCUCUUCCUCCCAUCUUUUCCUAACAUAAUCUGUUGACAUUCCUUUGGAUCUCAACAAUCCCUGAUAAAGUUUGGAGAUGUAAUCUUGCCAGGCGUGGAGUAAGCCGGUGAAACCAAUUGAAUUAUCUCGUUAGACUUUGAGAUGUAGUCUUUUAAUAUGUUUGGGGGAAAAAUUGUCUAAAUUGCAGAUAUCUAAAGAAGUCCCCUUUUUCUAGAUCAUAUUUUUGUUGUAGUGUGUGAAAACUUGGUGGUGUAUGUUUGUCCAGUAUCCUGCAAUAAGCAGUUAUUCCUUUCUGUGACCAGUUUUUAAAACUGGAAUUUAAUUGGUUUGUGGUGAAAUCUGAGUCAAAGGCGGCCCAUCUGAGAAUUCGUAUUUGGUUUUCCAAGUUUAAUUCCUUAACCACUUCAAACCAGGUCAAAAGGGUAAAUGACACUAGGGGAUCUAAUUUUUUUUGGCAUGCUGCUGCAAGUUUCUGAUCUCCAAUCAGAGCUUGUAUUGAAAUGUUUCCACACUUGGUUUCUAAUUCUUUCCAUCCAGCCUCGUAAGUAUGAUCACACCACUGUACUACUGUUUUGAGUUGAGCUGCAAGGUAAUAGCCAUGAAGAUUAGGGAGUGACAGCCCCCCUUUUUCUUUCCUAAUUGUAAGAGUACUGUAUCUAAUUCUGGGUUUCUGUCCCUUCCAAAUAAAACGAGAUAUCAAUUUGUCCCACUCACAAAACUGAGAAUGAGGGAUUUUAAUAGGCAAAGAAAUAAAUAGGUAUAAUAACCUAGGUAAUACUGACAUCUUAAUUACCUCAAUUCUUGAAUUAAAGUCAAUUAUAGAUCCCGACCACUGUGUGAGGUCUUGUUUAAUUCUCCUAUUUACAGAUUCAAUUUUUUUUUUGUACAAAUCAAUCAGCAGGUAAGCCAACCAUAUACCCAAGUUGUUUUCUUAGACCAGUCAAUAGGGAUUUUAUCUUUCAGCUCAACCGAUGGGUGAUAGUUAAAACACAUAAUCUGUGUUUUAUCCAUAUUAAGUCUGUAUCCUGAGUAGGUGCCAAAUAUGCCUAGUAACUUUAGGACGGCCAGGAUGGAUUGCUCCGGGCUCGAGGGAUAUAGAAGGAUGUCAUCAGCAUAUAGUGCUAUUUUAUGUUCUCCUGAAUUCGUUACUAUACCAUGAAUAUCAUUGUUCUCCCUAAUUGCCUGGGCAAGAGGCUCUAUAAAAAGUGCAAUAAGAGUUGAGGAGAGCCGGCAGCCUUGUCGUGUGGAUCUCUCCAGCUUUAUUGUGUCUGUCAAGCGGCCAUUUAUCUUGAUCCUAGCAGUGGGCGACGCGUAUAAUGUUCUAAUAAUGUUGAUUGUGGUUUGUGAAAAACCAAAUCGUUCCAAAACUAGAAAUAAGUACUCCCAACUGACACGAUCAAAAGCCUUUUCUGCGUCUAAGCUCGCCAAUACUGCUGUGUGAUUGUUUGUCUGAAUAUUCUGAAUUAUGUGAAGUGAGCGUCUUAUAUUAUCCUGAGUUUGUCGGCCAGAGACAAACCCGGUUUGGUCCCCGUCAAUCAGAUCUGGGACAAACGCGUUCAACCUAUUGGACAAGAUAGAAGCAUAUAGUUUAUAAUCUUGGUUAAGGAUCGAGAUCGGUCUGUAUGAAUUGCAUAAUAUUUUGUUUUUUCCUUCUUUUGGUAUUACCGUUAUAAUUGCUUCAGACCAUGAUGGCGGUGUUGUCAUUUUCCCUAAUGCCCAAUUUAAUGAUUUUAAUAAAACAGGGGAUAGUUCUUCUUCAAAUAUCUUAUACCAUUCGCCUGGAAGAUCCUCAGUACUGGUGAUUUAUUAUUUUUCUAUAUUUUUAUCGCCAUUAUCAGUUCCUUUUCAGUGAUGUGCUCAGUUAAACUUUUGUUCUGACAUUCUCCGAUUGUUGGCAAGUCCAAUGAAUUGAGAAAUGUUUUAACAUCUUCUAUUUUGCUUUGUUCUUGUUGUACGUACAAUUCUUUAUAAUAUGUCUGAAAAGCUUCGUCAAUACCAUCCAAACUGUUUUCCACUAUUCCUGUCUGUGGGUCAGUUAUGGAGCAAAUUGAGUUCAUUAUUUGUUUUUUGUCAAUUCUUCUUGCAAGUAGUUUUGUUGCCUUUGGUAAAAUGAUUGUUUUAGUAAUUUAUUUUUUUUUUCUUCCUCUCUUUUAUGUAUAUCCAAAAUUUUACUCUUUGUCUCUUGGAUUUGUGCACUGAUAUAAUCAAGUUGGUUUUUAAUUUGCAAGCUCUCCAAUUCUUUUAAUUUGGUCUCCAAUUUAUUUAGUUCCUUUUCUUUGAAACGUUUUUAUCCAUGUUUAGAGGAAAAGGUUCGAGUCAUGAGCGACCAGACUGCGCAUGCUACUUGGCUAGAGCUAAUGCUAACCUAAACAGGGCUUUCACCAGUGUAUCCAAGGCUACAGUUAGCUUAUCCAUGCUAAUGGACAGCAGAUGAAGUAGGGGACCAGCUUAGGCAUGCUAGUUGCUAGCUUACCCAAAGCUAAUGCUAGCUAGUACUCUCCUUCCAGCCUAUCAUUGAUCAGAUCAGCAGCUUCAGAUUGGAAGUAGCCUCCUGCUACCAGGAAGUAGCUGCAGCUGGGUGGCGAAUCGCCCAGCGUGUGUGUGUGUGUGUGUGUGUGUGUGUGUGUGUGUGUGUGUGUUAGAGAAGAUGACUCCUCUUCCUCACCUUCAGGAGGAAGAGCAACGUUAAUGUCUGGUUUGGUUUUGAUGAUGUCACCGUGGCCCUGGAAGCUGAUUGGCUGCUGUUAUUUUUGUAGAUGACCACUUCCUGUUUCGGUUGUCAGAACACGAUGAUGAAUAAAGCAACCUGUCCAGGUGAGCCGCCUGUUCUGUGGGCCUGAAAACAAACCUUUCCAGGAUUUUCCAGGAGGUUUUCCUCCAGGUUCAGUUCAGUUCCUGCUGGAUCUCUGAAUCAGAAUAUUUAAUAAUAUUAAUUAAUAUUAUUCUAUUUUAAUAUUAUUAGACUAAUAAUCAUUUAUGCUUUAAUCAGCACAAACAAGAUAUGCUAAUUAGAUGCUACAGAUUCUGUUAGCGGGAUGAAAUGAAUCUGAUGUUCAUUAACGCUAAUAUAAAUAUUUAUUCAUGUAAAGUAUAAAAUGGUCCCAAACGCUGAGCUGCAGGUUUUCAGCCCAGAGUUUUGUCUGCAGGCUGAUGGAGAUUAGGGUGAUGGUACAGAGGACAACAAGCUACAGCUAGCUUAGCAUCUUAGCAGAAAUGAGCUGCGACGUUUAAAUGAGGAAAACUAAUUCAGUUCUCGAAAAGAAUAUGAAUAAAAUCAUUUCAACACCGUG